UUGCCGUGCCAAGCAUAGAGUUUCCCAGUAUUCGUAGAAAACGAACCUUUACGGCUAUCUGCAUGCAUUACAUCAAGGCGCGAGUUUCGCUGAUUUGACACGUUCAGUGCCUUGAAUCGUUUCGAAUGUGGAUCUGCCAAAUUCGGUCCUGCGAGUGUAUAGAUAUGAGGGGUGAUCUAUAAUGUUGACUUAUGAACCGCCCAAUUAACAGCGCCAACAUCAAUUCUCUCCAAUGCCAUCUAAAUUCGGCAAAUUAGUAUCUAAACCUUUGAAAUCACCUCCUGCAACUAAUUUCCAUAGAACUCCAUUUCCUACCCUAACAUGUCUACCACCAACACAAAAUCACCCGACAGAACAGCAUUCAACCAUACCGCCUAUCCCCCGCUUCUCUACCAUUGAACCAAACAACGGACGAAGAGCCACAACCAGAAUCAACACAUACUCAUUACCCAAACCUCCCACCUCAGAAGGUCUUCAUGAACCAGCAAGUAGGUAUCUAUCACCCUAUGAUCCAAUACACAGACACACACACACACAAACACAUCUCCCCAAUAGAAAUCUAGCACCCCCACAGGAAAUUUACUCGAAAGCGCCACAGAAGCAUAUAUAUGGUAGUUUAAUACCCGCAGCUAUAAUAGUCUGGUCGGUAUAAAACUUGAUCUAGAAGCUGAAGAUCAUCUGACGGCGCGGAUAAGUGGGGAUAUUGUUAUUGGAUUUUACUAAUAUCAAAUAUCAAACAUCGAAUAUCAAACAUCAAACCUCGAAAUGUAAAUAGAAGAACGAUAUUUUGGAGUUCUGUAUUAGGGAGGAUGGGAAUUUUCAAAAGA